GGACCACAACACGGUAUACUUGCUCCUCAAAUUGCACUCAAGAAAGACCUGCUCCGUAUUCAGAAUAACAAGAAUAAACUACGCUGGUAGAUGCUCAGAUCUGCCCUUUAGGAUUGUGUCAGUGUGCAGCUUACAAAGCCAGACGCUCAUUCACGAUUCUCGUUCAGUGAUGACGCCGUCAUAGAUUCAUAGCACCGCCGCUCCGAUUGAGUCACUGCAAUGCAUUUUUAAUACAUGUCACGCGAAUGUGUACAAAUCAGUGAUUGUUCUUUCCGGCGGUUUAUUGAAACACACAGGAAAGGUAGCUGCAGUCUGCUCUGUCUGCACCCUCGGCGAGGCUGGGUCUCGCACGCUCUUCAGAUCUCUCCGUGCUCGACCUCAAACACCCACCUCCCUUUACUUGGGCACGGCGAGUCCUUCAAUUUUUAUCUGAGGCAUCUGGCUCUUGGCUCAGCCUUUCCACUUCCUUACUUUCUGCUAAAAAAUGCAUUGAAAACAAACAAAAAAAAUCGUCUUGCAGAUAGUUGACGGGAGGAUGGCUGGCAGAGUCUUGUUUAUUUGGGAUGAAUUAUACUACUAGCUCCCGAUGGCGUCUUUAAAUUCCCUGGAAUUAAAGCAGGUGGGUGAUUGUAAGAUAAUCAAUACCCCGCAGCACAAUCCUUGCAACGCCAGCACUUCAGGACCGCGGACAGCUCCAUGCGCUGGAAUAGAAAACGCCUCGUUUCAGGACGAGGAGCAAAAAGAGACGUCUUUUAUAAACCGUGCCAAUGACGACCUGGGGAUACACAACCGAACGAUCCCCUCUGGCACACACAGGGGGCCCAACAGCGAGGCGUUUGAAGAACACGAAGCCGAAACAAGUGCCCCUUCUGUGGACUACGGGUUUAUUUUCUCCCUGGUGUUCUUAGUAAGCGGGAUUGUGUUGGUUGUUAUAGCUUACACGAUCCCCAGAGAGGUAAAGGUGAACCCAGACUUCGUGACUGCGAGAGAGAUGGAGAAGCUGGAGAGAUAUUACGCACGCCUCGGGUCUCACCUGGACAAGUGCAUCAUCGCCGGCUUGGGGCUGCUCACUCUCGGGGGCAUGCUUCUAUCCAUGCUGCUCAUGGUAUCCAUAUGCAAAGGGGAAUUGUACAGGAGAAGGACCUUCUCUAUCUCCAGAAGGUCUAAGAAGACGUACGGAUCUACAAACCUGAGAAUGAAAAGGAUGGAGGGAGAUGGACGGCAGUCGCUGGUGGACUGUGAACCCGCUCCAGUCACGAGUGCAGUGCAUUCAGAAAGAUCCAGCUAAACAUGGCAGAGAAUGUCUUUCUUUAUUUCUUGACAAACACGUACCCGUUUGCCUCACUCCACUGUUGGCACAGCGAAUCCAAUGACAGGGGUUCUAGGUAGGAUAACAUACAAAUACACAGACAGAGCAGUAAAUAGGGUGGGAUAUUAAGAUAUACUGUAUUUAACAAUCAAAGGCUUAGUUUAGUUUACAAACAAACUCGAAUCAGGAGAAGCUAUAAGCACAAUGUGUGAAUACGUAAUUAAUAAAUGAUUGGCUAUAACCUGACGAAACAAAUGCUUAUAUAAAAUACAUAUGUUUCAAUUUUUUUGCAUUCUUGUACAGGAGAGCACAGGAAAAAGAAAACGCCAAAGGGCAGGCGGAAUCUCGAUGUCAUAAGAGUGGCAGAUUACUUUCUCGAAAUGAUUUCACUGAAACUUUUUUUUUUUUUCUAAAUUAAUGAUGGUUAGAAGUGAACACUUGAAUGUGUGUAUUUACUGUACAGGUUACACGUUCGUAUAAUAUGUCUUUAACGUAUUGAAUUAAACCGGUCUGUAGUUUUAUUUAAUUUGCCAAUUUUGUACACACGAAACCUGACCAAAAGCGCAGUUUCGAAAACAUGACUAUAACAAUGAAUAAAAUAAUGAUUAAUAUACAACUCAAACAACCCAAAACCCAGAGUAGGGUGAGAAUCGAUAUGAUCCUCUGUGCUUUACCGCUUACAGGACCUGAACUCGGAAGAGCUCAGUGCAGCAGCAACGCCGUUUAAACAGCAAUAUACUUCAGGUCUGUAGGUUUUACGUUUAGGAAGCUAUUAACUGCACUGUUAUCAUAGCAGUAAUAAGCUAAAACACGAGACUGGAUGUAAGUCAGCAGUUUAUUUUUUAAGAUGUGAAUACUUAUCGGUUAUACAGUGUAUUGAAAUGAAUUAACAUUUCGCGUUUCCAUCGUAGGGAUUCAGGUUUGCGUCCUCAGUGAUGCUGUCUGGCUAAGGCGGAGAGGCCGUGUUCAAAGUCUAGCUCGAUAUAAAGGUUUUGUAAAGAUCUUCCCAUGUAUAACACGCUAUUAACACAUCAAGGAAAUGAAUCCACCUGCUAGCGCUGGUACAGCCGCACCUGCGCAGAGGCAGUGAGGUGGGCUGUCCAAUACCACGCCAGCACUGCUAAACAUAACGCGUACUGAUAUGACUAAUUCAAAUGGCAACACUGAUAUAAGUUUUAACUGUUUAAACAACUGAACUAAACACACUCCGAAACAAAGUCGUAUACUGUACCACUACAAACAGAACGUGUUAAUCUGGACACGUUUGAUAGGGGCAGUCUGAUUAGUGUUUAAGGACAAUAUCUAUAUUAAAACACAAUCUAUAGAGAACAAACUGAAUGUCGCCCCUGUGUCAGUUUAACUCAAUAUUUUGCAGCGUGCUUCAAUGUGGCCUGUCAAGAAAGGAAUGGCGUGGCCAGCACAGUGUUUGCUAUCGUGUAAACGUUUGUAAAGCCUUUGUAUUGCAAACUCUGAAGCCAGUUACACUCCACAGCUUCACACGGGAGAGCCUCAAAGUGAGACUGUUACGGUUUUUAAAAUAUGUUUUUGUAUUUUAUUUUAGAAUUUUGCAUUGUUCUAUUUUAAGCAGCGUGCUAAGCAACCAUUCACUUUGGCAACGACCAGUUACCAGCAAAUCAAACCUGUGAAGAUGUUACUCGCAUGUGUGUUUGUGUAAUACAUUGUCAAUUCACAAAGCCAAUGUACCACACCGAAGGGUUAAACGUAUCUAUGUAUUUGUGGAUAUCGUAAUCUUUGUUUUCUACUGUA